CACACGUUCCCAGAUCCCCCCAGUGUUUGUAAUGAAUAUAGAAGUAUAUGAAGCCAGCUUCUAAAUUUGUGUCUCCUACAUCUUAAGUAUCAGAGUGGAUCAGCCCUUUGGCAAAACCCUCUUUCUAUCAACAGCCAGCUCCGCGACAAGUCCUAUGUCUCAUCGGAAGUUCUCAGCUCCCAGGCAUGGCCACCUGGGGUUCCUGCCUUGUAAACGUAGUAAACGUCACCGAGGCAAAGUGAAAACUUGGCCCAAAGAUGACCCGAGUAAGCCUGUCCACUUAACAGCAUUCAUGGGCUACAAGGCUGGGAUGACACACACCUUGAGAGAAGUCCACAGACCAGGGCAGAAGAUUUCUAAAAGAGAGUCGGUGGAAGCUGUGACAAUCAUUGAGACCCCACCAUUAGUUGUGGUCGGUUUGGUGGGAUAUGUAGAGACCCCACGAGGCCUACGGAGUUUGAAGACCAUAUUUGCUGAGCACCUAAGCGAUGAGUGCAAGAGACGCUUCUACAAGAACUGGUACAAGUGCAAAAAAAAGUCUUUUACAAAGUACUGCAAGAAAUGGCAAGAUGAAGAUGGCAAGAAACAGCUGGAGAAAGACUUUACGUCAAUGAAGAAAUACUGCAAGGUGAUCAGAGUCAUUGCGCACACUCAGAUGAAACUUCUACCUUUGCGCCAGAAGAAGUCGCACAUUAUGGAAAUUCAGCUGAAUGGUGGCACCGUGGCAGAGAAAGUGGACUGGGCACGUGAGAAGCUGGAGAAACAGGUUCCUGUGCAUUCCGUGUUCUCCCAGGAUGAAAUGAUAGAUGUUAUUGGUGUCACCAAAGGGAAAGGAAUGAAAGGUGUUACCUCACGCUGGCACACCAAGAAGUUGCCACGGAAAACACACAAAGGUCUACGUAAGGUGGCUUGUAUUGGAGCCUGGCACCCAGCUCGCGUUUCCUACACUAUUGCCCGCGCUGGUCAAAAGGGCUAUCACCAUCGUACAGAGCUCAACAAAAAGAUUUAUCGCAUAGGCCGCGGAAUACAUAUGCAGGAUGGUAAAAUCGUGAAGAACAAUGCAGCUACUCAGUAUGAUAUCACAGACAAGUCUAUUACUCCAUUGGGAGGAUUUCCACAUUAUGGUGAAGUGAAAAACGAUUUUGUGAUGCUUAAGGGCUGUGUCAUAGGGUCAAAGAAGAGAGUUCUCACUCUAAGGAAGUCUCUUUUGGUUCACACCAGUCGCCGGGCUCUAGAACCCAUUGAGCUCAAGUUUAUUGACACCACUUCCAAAUUUGGUCAUGGAUGCUUCCAAACAGAUCAAGAGAAGAGAGCGUUCAUGGGACCUCAGAAGAAACACCUGGUUAAAGAUAAACAAGAGAAAGUUGAAGAUGCAUAGAUGAUGGUGCCUAUGAUUUAACUUUAUGCAUAGCAAUGAAAAUUGUUCCUAAUAAAACAUCCUCAAAUUA